AUGAUUUUGCAACUCCCCCUCCUGGAGUCCGUCGUUGCCCAGGCCGUUGUCCCUGUCGUCGCCGGUGAGCUUGCAUAUCUUAUAGCUUCGCCAGUUGGUGCCGCAUUUCUCUGCCAAGUUGCUAAGCGCCUCGUGCGUCAUCGGGAUCAUGCUAAGCAACACCUUGGCGUACUUGUCGGCGUCCGCCUCCCGGCACUCCGCGCCCGAGUAAGUGGAGAUGUACGCACCGCCGAACUCACCGGCGAAGGCACUGAGUCCCCUGCUCACGGAGUCCAGCGUGGGAGUGGAGGGCCGCUGGAACGACUGCGGAGUCAGCUGUGUGAGCGCGUCGGUGAGGUUGUGGAGCAGGCCUCGCAGCCUGUCGUCGAAGCCCUGCGUCACGCAGAGCCUAUUAAUGUUUUCGCUGCGCUCACCCUCCAUCUGCCUCAUGAAGCCCUUGAAGCCCACGAAGAGAUCCCUGUUUAUCUCGCCGGGCAGCUCCCCCAGCUCCUCGGCCACCUUGUCGGCAAAGUGUUUCAGCGCGUCCUUCGCGGACUCCACGUAGUCACGCCGCGCCUGCUUGGUGAGCUCCGCGAUUGCCUUUUCAAUCUCACUGUCUACGAAGCGUUCAAUGUUUUCUACUUUCUCCCAUUUUAUGUAAUCGGCGUUGGUGAGGAACUUGUCGCACAUGGCGAUGGCCUCCUGGAGGUCACGGAUGCGGAGGGUGUCAAUUUGUGUCUUGAUUUUUGCGAGGUCUUUGUCGAUGUUAUGAUCUUUGAAAAGCCCCAACUUCCAAUCCACACUACCGGCUUCGCUCGCAAUCUUGGCGCACAGUUCACCAAGGAAUUUGUUGAUGUCAGGGACUGUAUCCCUGUUGAGCUCUGCAAUUGCUUUUUCAAUGCCUUCAAGUCCACUACAUUUGUCUUUCCCAAUCUCCUUUAUCAUGAAAUCCAAAUUGUUCAUCACGCCUCUUUCUUUUGGCUCACCGGCAUCCUCACCCUGCAACUGCUUCCUCAGCUCUUCAAGCUCUGUGGUGAUCUUGUCGACGCCAUCGCCGAUUGCAGUGGGCUGAGUGGACAACUCACUUUGUUGAGUGUGAAGGUUAUUUUUAUUAUUUUCAAGGCCCUUAGUUCCCUGCCAACUUGCAUCUUUGCCAAGCCCCUUGCCCAUCAAGUCACUCAGCGUCUUCAUGACAUCUUCGUCCAGCGCGUUCAUCUGCGCUUUGAGUGCUGUUUUGAUUGCUUCGUUGGCUUCAUGGAUGGUUGUGGGUUUCUGAGUAAACGCUUGCGCUUGCAGUAG